CGGGUGGUGUGGCUUUGGAGAGCUGUGUGCUGUCGCGGAGAGCGCUCAGCGAGGACAGAGGACCCAAGACUUUGAUUUGUUCAGUCUUGGGGCAAAAUUUGCUGUGCCAGCUCUGUCUUCUUUCUGCUGAAAUUGCCCAAGAAAGCUGGAGCCGGUGGCUAGGCUGCUGCCUUGUCUCUGUAGGAAGAGGAAUGAUCUGUUUAACACAGACUCAAUUACUGGAAUUGUCAACUCUGCCAAUUUAUGUGCACAUUUCUCUUCCACUAUGAGCAGACCAAUCGUAUGGCACAUUUUUCUAGCUUUCUGUAGCUUUCUACUUCUGAACUUUGCCGCACAAUGUCUGGCCUUCCCCAAAGUGGAAAGAAGGGAGGUAGCACAUGCUCAUGCAGAAAAAGAGCAGUCUGAGAGGAUGAACGCAGAUGACCUAGAAAAUAACUUUGUUACUUCAAAGCGCACUCCCCAAUUGGUGGUCUCUGAAGAUCCAAUGAUAGUGUUAGUGGGACCAUCAGCAACAUCAUUAAAUAAAGAGUUCCCUAUUAACAAAGAAACCCAUCCUGUACAAGCUGGGUUUGUGCAGCCUAAUAGCCAUGGUGUUUACACUGCUACUGAGCCAGUGGUCCCAGCAGGGGAAGCAGUAUUUGGUUCCAGCCAGCCAGAGAGAACGUCUCCUGAAAGCCAGCUUUCUAAGGCCGUGUUAACCAACCCUGUCACUGCAACGGCUUCUCUGAAGACUGAUGAGAAGGAGGAGCCCUUCAGUAGUGCCAACCUUCAGCCCAUUGUGGAAGGGAACACAGAAGCAGAACAAGGUUUUCUGAAGUAUGUGGAUAAUCAAUUGUUUGCAACUGAAAGUCAGGAAGAAGUUAGUCUAGGACAUUUACCCUCAUCCUAUAUGAAUACUAAAGAAAUGCUAUUCAGUCCAAGGACUGAGAAAUUUGAAGCAGACACGGAACAUAGGACAACUUCUUUUCCUGGAGCUGAGCCCACGGCAGGCGCUGAGCCUGGAAGUCUCAUGCCUGAUAGGGAGAAGCCUUCGCAGAUGACAGCUGAUGAUACCCAGGCUCCUGCCACCAAGCACUGGCUUUCAACCUCCAAGUAUACCCUGAGUGUUGAGCCAGACACUGACAGCCUGCUGGGAGCCCCGGAAGUCAUGGUGAGUGUCAGCACAGCGGUUCCAGCUGCCUUGGUCAUAAGUGAUGAGUGGGAUGACACCAAAUUAGAGAGUGUAAGCCAGAUAAAGACCCCAAAGCUUGGAGACAAUACAGAGACUCAGGUGAGAAUGGACACAUCUCAGACAGCCCAAGUAACUGUGGAAGGUAUGGAAGAGGGCGAACCUUUGACAGAGGCUGCAGAGGUGGCUCUGGGGCUGCCUGAAGGGGAAACACACAUGGGGACAGCCCUGCUAAUAGCACGUGGGGAUGAGAGAGCAUCUUCCUUCACCGAUCAAAGUUCCUUCACUCCCACGAGUCUGAUGGAAGAUGUGAAAGUCUCUGUUGUGAACCUGUUCCAAAAUACUGCAGACUUCAUGGAGUCCACCCAGGAAAACAAUGCCAUGUUUUUCUUAGAGACCACUGUUUCCAUCUCAGAAUAUGAAUCUGAGGCCUAUCAACCAUUGAGAAAUACAUUUAAAGAUGUCAUCACUCAAGAGAUGACAACAGCUGUUCAAGAAGCAGAAGCCACUUUACCAUUGGUGACACCAGAGCAGCAGGUUUCUACCCUCGAGGCUACCAGAGGAGACGGUGAGGCUGAGGAGGAAGAGGCCCCCUCUGCUGUGUCUCAUGUUGCUGGUGUCACUCAGCUGUCGAGAAGAUGGGAGCCUCUGGCCACUGUGGUUUCAACUACAGCGACACCUCUGUCUUUCCAAGUUCCUCCUUCUGUGGAAGACCUAAUAGACACAGUCACAAAGCCAAAUGAGGAGUUGUUCACACCGGUUUUGGGCUCUCCCGUGAUGCCCCCUGGAAUAUCGGAGGAGCCACCCAGCAUUUCCCCAGCGCUUCCUGAUUCUGAGGCGUCCUCUGAGAGAAGAACCGCUGUUCCAUCUGUUAGCCGUGUUAAUACCACAGCCUUAUAUGGCCUGGACCAACUCGAAUCUGAAGAGGGAGAAGAAGAUGAGGAUGAAGAAGAUGAGGAGGAGGAGGAUGAAGAAGAGGAAGAUGAGGAGGAAGAUGAGGAGGAAGACGAGGAAGAUAAAGAUGCAGACUCCCUGGAUGAGAGCUUGGAUGGCGACACUGAGCUGCCUGGGUUUACUGUCCCUGGCCUCACGUCUCAGGAACCCGGCUUAGAGCAGGGAAACGUGGUCCCCCUGGAAAGAGCCACCUACCAGGUGCCAGCCGCCAUUGAGUGGAAACAGCAGAAUCAGGGCCUGGUGAGAAGCUGGAUGGAAAAACUAAAAGACAAGGCUGGCUACAUGUCUGGGAUGCUGGUGCCUGUAGGCGUUGGGAUAGCUGGAGCCUUGUUCAUCUUGGGAGCGCUCUAUAGCAUUAAGGUUAUGAAUCGCCGAAGGAGAAAUGGCUUCAAAAGGCAUAAAAGAAAGCAGAGAGAAUUCAACAGCAUGCAAGAUCGAGUCAUGCUCUUAGCUGACAGCUCUGAAGAUGAAUUUUGAAUUGGACUGGAGUUUAAUUGGAAUAUUCAAUGAUGUUAUUAUUUUAUUUUUUAUUUUGGGUCAAAGGAAGAACAGCAUCCUGCCACUUUGCUGCUGUCAGGCCAUCAGUCCCAUUAGCUGCUGGGUAGUAGAUUUUUCUUGUACUGAGCAGAAAAGGCAUGCUCUAUAACUAAAUGUAAUAUGCAGUGUUUGUUUUUAUUCUGCAGUCAAUUUUCCACAACCAUGGGCUACAACUCAUCAAUAUGCAGCACACAUGUUGUUCAGUAGGAGUUGCUCAGUUAGGCAGAGGAAAUGUUUUGUAUUUUUCCACUGUGUCUUUUCCUUAGUUUGAAUUUCCUGCACUAAGUAUAACAAUUAUUGCUGCCAAGGCACGCUUGACUCCAAAAUGGAAACCUCAACUAAGAAUACCUUGUGAUGCCUGCACGCCACCUGAUUGAAGCCAGAGGCUUGUGGGCCGUGGUACACACUGCAUUUGCAUCAAAACCAGCAGCAGCUCAGAAUGAAAUCUUUUUUGUCAAGAAGAUCUGUCGGCACAUUAGGAUUAUAUGUAGCUUUGUAUGUAUCUUGCAUUACAUGCUUGAGUCUCCCAGUUUUAUUAUUUUCCACCCUCUGUUUUAUUCUCAUUCUUGUCAAGGGAAAAAAUGCCCCAGAAGUAAUAUAUUAAUUGACUGUCAGUCUUAACAUAAGCUUUCUUUCUUAAAUACUGUGAGUGAGUCAACAGACCCAUUGAUAGAUUCUUACAUGUUUAUCGGUAAGAGCUGUUCUUUUUGUCUAACACUUGACUUUGUCAAGAAGAAAUGAGGAAGAAAUCAAGAAGAAAAUGAGGUUAGGUAAGCUCCAAGAGCCUUUACCUCUGCCGUUUGGCUCUGUGCUUGCAUGGCCAUAAUUCUGAAUUGUUCAGAGCAUUGCUUUUCUACACCUGUGGUCUUGGCCAUGGAAUGAGUGGGCUGCCAAUGAUCCUUAUUUGGCUUUAUUAGAAAAACAGUCAUUCUGUAGUAGAAGCAGGCUCAGUGGCCAGAAUCCUGGCACAUGAUGGAACUUAUGAAAAACCAGCCUCUCUCAUGGCAUCCUACUUUGGGGAUGUUGGACUAUGUUAGAUCAUUUCUCAUUCCCCUUGGAAUGUAAUUCUUUGCCCUGUCUUCUGAAUCUGGGUAUUUGGGACUUUCAGUAAGUUGAGUGUUUGGGUGAAGACUUGGCUUGUUUCCACGGAAGGAUAAAGGUUACUAAUAACACUGUCCAUAGUGCUUUCGACUAUGGAGAACUUGUUCGCAUUUAUUAGAGCCUGCUCUACUCUAUUCAAGGCAAGCCGCAGUUAUUCCUCUUGAGUGCUGGGCGAGCUGGGAUGUAUGUGUUUAUUCUCCCGUUUGAUUGGAGACAGAACUGAAGCAGAGAAGUGAAAUGAUUAUCCAGAGUUAUACCCAGGAAGAAUCAGGACUGGAACCCAUUGGACUCAAAACCACAUACCCCUAUCUUCAGGUCAGUGCCCUUUCCGCAUACUUUGGAGGCAUUGACAUUUCAGAGUCCUUCUUUAAAACCAAGGUUCUGAGGAAAUAGCAACUUGGCUAAGGAACAUUUCAUGUGAGUUUCUGUUUUUUUGUUAAAUGAGUGAUAAUCUUUCUAAUUUCCACACAAGUUCUUUCCCCUCCCACCUCAGCUAUUUCCCUUACAAUCACAUAAAUUUAAGUGCUAGGGAAUUAAAAGAGAACCUUUUCUAGAAUCUGUGCUUGAAUGAUAGCUGGCUUACAAGAAUGUUUUUAUCAAAUAAUUUUAGGGUUUUUUUGGCCAAGAAAUGUAAAGAAAUGUGUGAAAUUGAUCAAGAGAAAUGAAAAGCUCUGAACAGUCAAAAUAGAAGUUAGCAAUUGACAGGUAAGUUCAAGGUCAGAUUUUAAAAAUAGAAUUCAGAACCAUGACACUCAUAUGUAAUUUGUAAUUUCACGAGUAGACACUUCCUGAUUUUGCAUAAGGUACAUCUUCCUUUUCUCAGAGCAGCCCCUUGCUGUAAGUACUCCUGAGGGUAGGAGGAGGUGAGCAUGAUGUGGCAUUGCUGUCUUUGUAUUCUCAACAAGCUGUUAAUAGAGAACACACAAUAGGCCACUUCAUUCAGUGACACAUGGGUGACACUAAUGGCCAUGAGAGAAAGGGUUCCUCUUCUGUCCCUCAUGUCUUUUUCUCUUUUCAAGAAGACAGUGCUCUUCUUUUAAACCUCUUUAGUUUUUCCUCUCCCAUAAGCUGCUUCUUUCAGUAGCUGCUGGCUUAAUUUAUAUGCAAUAUUUGGAGUUAAUUAGUAUCCCAGGGAAACAGAUUCCCUUAGCAAUGCCUUAGCCUUGGCUGCAACUCACAAACUGCCUCAGAUGUAAUCUUCCAGAAACAUUUUCUUAAAGUACCUGUAUCUCUUACAUAGGGCAAAAAGGUUGUGGAGAAAAUUUUAAAGCAGAGUUUUAGAACAUAUUUAAAGUAGUUUCAGCACAGUCAAUCAAAGAUGGUUCUUUAUUUUGUUGUUUUUUUUAAAGGCUAUGACUUAAAAGUCAAAACCUUAUAGAGAUAUCAGAAAAUAAUAUAGAGGAAUAUAGAACAUUCUGAAUGCCUAGUGCUUCUCUCCAUGUUUCUCUAGAUGGCUUCUUCAAGUGGAAGUAGAAAUGAAACCCCUUGUUUGGAAUCAUAUUCACAGCUUAAGGGAGAAGCAUCAAGUCCUCCACAGGCAUCCUGAUUUUGUGGCUAUGAAUAAUCAAUGUUCCUAACAGUUGCCGAAAAGCAGCUUUUGGGAACAAGAUAUAUUAUUUGGCACAGGGUUUUAGCUGCAAAGCCUUUUGGCAAGAAAAGCUUUGUUAUGACCACAGGUAAAUCUGAAGAGGCAAGAUUAGAACUGAGGAAAAACGUCUUUGCUUUUUAGCAUAUAUGAAGGAAUAGUUACAAGGGAAGAAAUACAGGUAGAAGAAGAUGGAAGGAAAAUCAUAAUACAAGGCAGAUGUAAAAAUGGCACAAAACAUUAGAAUGUUCUAGAGGAAGUGAAAAUUCUGAAUGGACUGAUGCUUGGAAAAAUGAUAAAGGCAAGCAAAGAGAAGAAUGCAAGUGAGGUAGACCGUUAGCAGAGGAAGGGCUGUAAAACUACACAAAUCUAUUUGUCUCUGUCCUUUCCAUCAAAGAAAAUUACUCUGCUCUACAUAGAAUGGACAUGGGUGGGAGGGAAUUGAGGUCCAAGAUUGAUGAGGAGAUGAAAUGAAAGGUGCCUGGUUACUUCAAAUGAGCUGAAACUCAGUUAAAUCUCUUUCCUAAUUAUGUAGAGUUCAAAGGACUGAAUAUCGAUUUCUAGGAAUAAGAAAUAAUUUGAAGACAAAUAAUAUUGUUCAUUUAAUAAAAGCCCCUUCCUUGUACAUUUAGCACCCCCCAGAAGACACUCGCCUCCUUUUUUGGAGGAAGCUGUUAGACUGAUAAACUGGGGAUGGUCUGAGGAGAGACAUUAAUUAUUUGCUCUAAUAAUUAUCGACCUUGGUAGUCAAUAUAGCUGGGAACAUAAUUCUGUUGCUUAAAUUCUACAUGCAUAAAAAUAAUCAGCAUUUAUUUUAUAAGCCACUGUUAGCUAUGUAAAUGUAUUGGGGUUAUCCUAUUUUGGGUAAUAGGUAUAUCUCAUUCCCUAUUAGCCCAAAUUUCUAUUAUGUGAAUAUAGGAUAGAAGGCAGGAAGGAAGGGGAAAUUUCCCCCAGGAAACAGCAGCAAAAGCACAAAGAAACAAAUCAUAUGCUCCCUUGUUCUAAUUUGUUUAAAAAGACAAUAUUGGGGGAAAAAAACCCAUCUCAAAUCUUCCAUAGUAAGGGAAAGAUCCUACUUUCCCUCCUCAAAAAGCAGCAGGGAACAAUAAUACAAGUGAUGAUCAUUAAUGAUGUAUAAUAUAAAUUCUCACUCAAAGAUUGCACUCUCCAGAUUUGAAGUUCAAGACUGAUUUGCCUGAGAGGUGUUUUCUAUUGUGGGAUAAGGAUGGAGGAGAUGAGAAGGAGUAGAAACAGAUGAACUGACUGCGGGGGGAGAAAUCCUCUUUUUCUUCUUGAAGUUCAUAGGUGUGGAAACAGAGUGCAGGCAGAAUGGAAGGCAAAGGGAGUGCUCACUUGGAUUAUUUUAUCAUCUUUCAGGUAGACAGCUCGUCUGCUCUCGUCUCAAAAGACUGAACUUGGUGUCAGGUCAGGAAACUGGGAUUUUUAUUAACUGGUGUCCUGUGCUUCUCAAUAUUUUCUUCCUAAUUCACAGUGAAAUGAAGGAUGGGACCAGUAGCAUCUGAAAUGCUUCUCCAAUUUUAGGCCUUGCAGAACAGCCACCGAGUUUGGGCAGUUUCAGAUUUUUCAUGAGCAGGCAGACCAAAACACACCUAGGAAAGUACAAGGACAGUCUUCCAAAAUCAGAAAGAUGUUUGGAUACCAGAUGAUUCAAGCCCUUUCUCUCCCAAAAAGGAAUUUUGAUACAAAACCUCCAAUGGUUAGUUUCCGUUAUUUCCUUCUUUAUGUAAGACAUAAAGGAAAGGAGACGAAACCUGAAAUGGUUCAGUAAUUGAAUCGAUCAGAUCCUAAAGGUCUGUGUCAAGGGGAGUGAAGAUGGCUAGAGAGUCUCUUUGGCAAACCAGGAGCACUGUGAGAUUAUUACUUCUUACUGAAUCAGUAUUUACUGAAUGUCUUUUAUGCGUCGGGCAGUGUGUUAAGAGCUGGGGAAGAAGGAUAGCAAGACACGGUCCAUGACCAGAAGGAGCUUACGGACUAACAGGGAGGGAGUAAAUGAGCCGUUUCAUCAUGGGGACGUGAUGGGAUCCAGAAGAGGAUCCGAGCCUGCCGAGAUUGGGGAUGUUUCUCCAGAGCUGAUAGCAUCAAACCUGAGGCCAGAGGGAUGAGUAGCGUUAGUCAGGUAAAGGGGAGAAUGGGAUGUGUGUUCCAGCCAGGGGAAGCACAUGUGCAGAAGCUGGCAGUGAGAGAUCAUGGACAGUUAAGCGGUUCAGUGUGGCUGGAGCGCUGGGUACUCUAGGGGAGGGGGGGUUGCUGGGGAUGGGGGGAAGAUGCAGCGUGGAAUACGAGGCUGAU